GGCAUCUUUUACUGGACACCGUACAAGGAAGUCCCGUGCAUUUUAACUUGUCGGUAUAAAAGAACCAGAGCGGGUUGUUGGUCCACAUACCAUCUGACAACAUGAAGCCCCAGCUGCUCACCGUGAUGUUCCUGCUGCUGCAGUGUAGCACUUUCGUGCUAUCACUCAGGUGCUACACCUGUGAAUCUGACCCACAAUGCAAAACAGAGACCGAGUGUGACUCAUCCGCCCAGUACUGCAAAACCGUAUAUCAGGAUGACAACCUAGUCCGAACCUGUGAGGAGUUCUGUGAAGUGGGCAUUUACACAGAUUGCUGCGAAACCGACCUGUGCUGAUAAUUUGUCAAAAUCGCUCAAAAAAUGUUGCACAUGAAUCUCAGUUUGAUGGAAGAUGAUUUAAGGCUUGAUUUUCUGUCUUUGAUUGUUUUUUUUUGGUUUUUUUUCAAACAAUUGUUUCAGACUGUGGCAGCCUCCUCUUAUGCUCAGCUGGGAUUUUUUUUUUUUUUUUUUAAAUAAGUGAUAGAUGCAGGGAAAACACACACACACACACACACACACAUAUGCACACAUACAAACCCUUAAUCCCCUCCUGAUGUCACUUAGUGGGUCAAUGCGACAGCCGUGCGCUAUGUGGGUCGCAUUAUGGGUCUGUCACUACUGCUUUGUGAAGUUGUACUAUCAGGAGUCAGCUGUUUGCAUCUGAUGAAUAAAUGAAUAAAUCUUCCAAUUGAUCACAUU